GCCCGCUGCACUCGCGAGUCUAUCUCGGUAGCCGGGCACUGAUUCCGACUAGGAUAUUCACCCGGUCGUUCCCUCGCUCGCUACACCACCACCGACAGGCCACAGUCGCUUGACCGUCUUCGUAUCCACCAUGGAUUACGAUCGGUACGACGCCUUCUUGCACCACAUCUUCAAGCAGACCCAGGGCGAUGCCUGGUUCCGCCCGAACGAGGAAAACCUGACCGGCGGUGUCGCUCUCCGCGUCGCCGACGGCGAGUUCCGCGUGUUCCCGUACGAGAACAUCACCCUCGAGCCAUUCGAGGCGGCCGUCGCUGCUCUCAACCCCGUCGUCGCGGUCAAGAUCCGCAGUGCCGCCGUCCACGCAGCGCUCGCAGAAGUGACACCGGAAGACAAGUCCAUCUAUGUCGACGCGAAUACCCGGAUACAGAUCAUCGAAACCAUGAUGCAGCUCCCCCAAGCCGAGAGAGAGCAAUGCGGCGCGUUCAUCCGAGACGAACGCGUGCUCAUCGUCUGGUCCGAUUCGCUCGACCAGAUCAUCCCGACGUGCCACGACUUCGAGGAGCGCCUGAUCAAGCUCCUUUGGCGCUCGCGGCCGCACGCGCUCGGCGUUCCUUCCGCUUCUUCUCACCACAACUCGGUCGACGGCUCCGUCUCCGGCCACUCACUGUCCGGCCUCAAUGCCGCUCAGGCACCGACGCCCUCCCGCCGCGGCACCCUCGGCUACAUGGGCUCCGCGAUGGGCUCGAGUGUCUCACUCGGACUCGGCGACCCGGAGAAAUCCGCUGGCCUUGGCGAGAAGCGCACGAUCACGAAGACGAAGCGGACGUGGUACGGUCGCAAACGCACGGUGGUUGUCGAGGUGGACGAAGAAGACCUCGGUCCGGAGGAACGCCCCGCGCGGCUGUUCUCGCCGUUCUACAACGGCAUCGCUGCAGGGCUUGCGCUCGUAUUUAUGGGCAAUGGUGUCGCGACGCUACUCAAAGAGUGGUUGCUUGACGGCGACUUCACGCGCUUCGCGCUGGCCGCGCUCAUCCCGUGUCUGUACGCCGUCUCGCUCUUCUUCGCGCUGCAGAUCGUGCAGAACCUGUCCAUGGCCGUCGGUCCCGUCGCGCAGUACCACGAGAACUCCAAGUACUACUCGGCGAACAAACCCCGGCCGAACAAGGUCGUCGACAACAACCUCCCGCACAUCACCAUUCAGAUGCCCGUGUACAAGGAGUCCCUUCACGAGGUGUUGGCGCCGUCAAUCGAGUCGCUCAAGAAGUGCAUGCAAACGUAUGCCAGGCAGGGCGGAACUUCGACCAUCUUCAUCAACGACGACGGUCUGCGGGUACUGGACGACGAGGCUCGCGAUGAGCGCAUCGCCUUCUACGCGAACCACAACAUCGGCUGGGUCGCGCGGCCAAAGCACGACGACGCACCCGACGGGUUCAAGCGUGCGGGUCGCUUCAAGAAGGCAUCGAACAUGAACUACGGCCUCGCGCUCUCGCUCAAGAUCGAGAAGCACCUUGAGGCGCUUCAGGCGGAAGAGAAGGCGCGCAACCCCGACGGUCUCCCCGGCGCUCGCAUUUCGUCCUCCACCAACCCGCACGAUUACCAGUACCCCGGCUUCGGUCUCCAGUACCAGGGCGUCGGUGGCGGCGAGCAGGGGCAGGUCGGUCAGGUCGCGCAACAGUACGAGGACAUCGAGGAGAAGGCGCUGCAGAUGGCGAUCGAGGAGGUGUACGAGAACUCGGGUCGCCGGUUCAGGCCAUGGGCGGCGAACGGCAAGUCUUGCCGUGUCGGCGAGCUCAUUCUCAUCGUCGACUCGGACACCGUCGUCCCCGAAGAUUGCUUGCGUGACGCGGCGCGCGAAAUGGCGGAGUGCCCGACGGUCGGUGUCAUCCAGCACGAGUCGGACGUCAUGCAGGUUGCACACCACUACUUCGAGAACGGGAUCGCGUACUUCACCCGGCGUAUCAAUCGUUGCAUCUCCUUCACAUGUGCCAACGGCGAGGUCGCGCCUUUCGUCGGUCAUAACGCGUUCCUCCGGUGGAGGGCGUUGCAAGACGCUGCAUUCGUCGACACGGACGGUGUCGAGAAGAUCUGGUCCGAGUCCAACGUGUCCGAGGACUUCGACAUGGCCCUCCGUUUACAGAUGCGCGGCUUCAUCAUCCGUUGGGCAACGUAUUCCAACGGCGGAUUCAAGGAGGGUGUCUCACUCACCGUCGACGAUGAAUUGAACCGCUGGCAAAAGUACUCGUAUGGUUGCUCCGAGCUGCUCUUCAACCCCAUCAUCCAGUGGUGGCGCCGCGGCCCGAUUGCCCACCAGAUUCAUCGGUUCAUGUGGUCGAACGCUCCCAUGCACUACAAGAUAUCGAUGAUGGCGUACAUGUUCUCCUACUACGGUAUCGCGGCGAGCAUGACCAUCGGUAUCCUCAACUACGUGCUGCUCGGUUUCCAGUUCCCGGUGGACGGAUACUACAUGCACUCGUUCGAGAUCUGGCUCGCGACCACGGUCGUGUUUAUCGGCUCGGGCAACGUGGGUUACACACUCCUCGAAUACCGUCUCGGGCACAAGGGCAUCUUCGAGGGUUUCUUCGAGAACGUGCUCUGGGUACCGUUCUUCUUCUUCUUCUUCGGUGGUCUGGCGAUUCCAGUUAGCCAGUCGAUCCUCGCCCAUCUCUUUUCGUACAACAUGACCUGGGCGGCAACGAAGAAGGAAGUCGAGCGCUCAAACUUCUUCAAGGAAGUACCGAAGAUCUUGAAGCGGUUCUGGUUCCCUUUCCUGGUCUCGAUUGUUGUCAUUGCUGGCAUGAUCAUUUGCGCGACGCCGCUUGUACCCAUCGAGUGGCGCGUCGACGGCUCCGGGUGGGCCGUCAUCUUCCCGCUCGCAAUCGUCGCGUCGUGCCAUAUCCUCUUCCCGAUCGUGCUCAACCCGUGGUUGCUCAAGUUCUCGUACUAAAACGAUCCGCUCGAACUGCUCGCUACGCAUGGACUCUGCCACGACCGUGACGUAUACCCCACCUCUGUAUACCAGCUCGUGGCGCCACUCGCCGCCGUACAAACUGCCGUCGCUCGCUCGCCCCGCUCUUUAUAUCGCCACCGCUUUGCCGCUACCGACCUAAACCGGUCCUUGCUUCUGUUCAUCCAGUGUACCACCGUCUUUACUCGCACACAAGUCUAUACGUAUGGUUUGCCUCAUUUAGAACUAUCCUUUCUUAGCGAACACUCGCCAUUUGUUAUCACGGACCCUCCUCAUGAACCAAUAUUUACAAUGUUGUGCACUCUUGAGACGGACACACUCGAUGGACACAGUAUUCACUCGUCAUAGCGCGGCGCUGACGCCUCCCGCCCUCUUCGGCUUUGCACCUUAGACAAUUUCUGUCCUUUGUUAUGGUACUGUCAAAAACUUUACGUGUCACUCAUAGUUUUCUUGGUCGCCUGGGAGACACCCGACGCAGUAAUGCCAUCUCUU